AUGGAGCAGGAGUCAGAAAAUGUCUAUCCCAGGCUUCUGAGGAAUAUUCACAAAGAACGAGAAAUCAAUUCUUUGCUUGUGGUCCAUGAAGAGAAACGAACACCGGCCCAAGUGCCCAUAAUACAAGAGAUCUACGAACUAAGAUGGCCAACAUUACUGAUAUCCGAAUCUCAAGGAGAUUUCCUUUAUCGCAUGGAAUACAAUAAAGAACUGCUGGCGGUUCUGCUAAUUUCCCAGAGGAUGAAGGAGAUGCCGAUGGAAAUAAUGGCAAAUAUUUUAAAUUUCCUAAGGGAGUCUAGAAUUCUGGUCAUUGCUGUCGAUGUGUUCGCAGAGCAGAGAAAGGCCUUCAGACAACGACUUUUGCUAUCCUGCAAGUGGUACAAUAUGACCAAUGUACUGCUGAGUUUUGGUGGACCUCAGAGGGUAGGAAACCCUGAUAGAGAGGUGGUGUAUUUCCUCCAACCCUAUCCGAAUUAUUAUUGGACCUCCCUUAAGCUCCAAGAUAUGGAGGAUGGCAAUCUACCAUAUUUUCCCCAACACUGGCGUAAUUUCCACAAUAAAACCCUGCUGACCUAUGUGGAUAGAAGUCCCCUGCGUUCCGUCUACUACCACGAUGAUCAGGGUAAUUUGAAAAUCAAUGGAUUUGUACCGAAAUUUGUAAUGCUAUUCGCGGAACAUUUUAAUGCCACCCUGAGAAUGGCCUUCCCCCUCGAUGUGAAUAAUCCCAAACAUUAUACAACCAUUCUGGCGGAAAUGGUCGAGACAAAUCUCCUCGAUAUACCCAUGACAAUGCACACAAAUCCCCAUUACGAUCGAUGGUUUAAUAUGACCGAUGCCUAUCAUCAUGAUCGGGGUCAGUUGAUAGUACCCUGUGCCCAGCCAUUGAGUAUUCAAGAAGUCUACACCAUUUUGCUGAAUGCCACCUUCCUUGGUUCCGUCAUUAUCUGUACGGUGAUAUUUUCGUUGCUUCACUCCCUGAUCGAUUACAUUUUUGAUAACCUCUGGGAACCCUCAAGGCUGCUGCUGAGUGAUCGCAUCUUUCCCGCCGUGUUGGGUCAAUCAUUUACCCCACCCCACGAAUCGCCAAGGAGAAUUCUGAAAUUCAUCUACAUCAUGCUCUUUAUUGUGGGCCUAUUUUUGAAUACCCUAUUUUCGGUGAAUGUGAGUACCCUGCUGACCAGUCCGCCGAAACAUCGACAAAUAAAGAGUCCUCAAGAUAUUUUGGAUGCCUCAAUGAAAAUACUCCUCCAUGAUGCCGAAGCCUUUGCCAUGCGGUAUCGCAUAGAGGACUAUGUACAGGCCGUAAUCACGACCCAUAACAUCAGCUACCUUGAUGGACUGCGGAAUAAUUACAAUACCUCCUAUAGCUAUUAUAGUUCCUCAACUGGGUGGCAAAAGGACACGCUGAGGCAAAAAUAUUUGGCGGAGAAACGUUUUUGUACCUAUGAUGAUUUAAUUCUCUACCCCUAUCUGCCAUGGGGUAUCCCCCUGCAGCAGAAUUCGCCCUAUAGAGAGGGAUUGAAUUAUCUGCUGCAUCUGGUCCAUGCCUAUGGCCUGAUGGAUUAUUGGGCGUAUAGCACAUUUUUGGAUCUACUGAAAUUGAAAGAGGUAUCCAUAAGGGAUCCCAAUAUGGAUCAGGGACCCAAGCAGCUGAAGCCGGCAGCUGCAUAA